UCCCCCGUUUAUUCGGAACUCUGCGUUGUUAGUCUCCUUAAUCGUUUUUAAUGUAGCGUUACUUAAAUACUUGAUUCAAUUUCCGACCGGAAAAUCUCUUCAUUCACUCGCUGGUCAUGUUUUUCUCUUCCUUCUUGUUAAACGAACAUGAAUGGAAUGUAUAUAACGUUUAUCAUAUUUAUAAAUGGAUUGUUAUCACUGUUUAUAUGCAAAUGCGAUUCAGAAACUGUCAACAUUUACUUGUCAAAGCAGAAUGUAACAGGUUCAUCAGGUGACCUAACAGGGACUUGCAAUGUUACUGGAUUAUCUAGAAAUGAAGUUGUUUUGUCUGAUACGUGUACCAGCUCAUCUGUUUUGGCAUGGGUAGGUGCAUAUGCAACCUAUUCACCUUGGAUAGAAUUUAAAGAAUGUGGCAUUUUGAAGGCCAACGUCCUACCUGUGCAAAUAGAUUUUACUCAAAAGAAUUUCAGUGAAGAACCAGAUAUUUUAAAAUGUUUCCAACAUUGUGAAAAUUCGUAUGGCGUUAAUUACACACAUAUUGGGUUUCAGCGAUACAAAUGUGUAUGUUGUUUUAUCAAUGAUAUAGAAAUAGUGCAAUGUAACAGUACUGCUGUCACAGUAUGCGGUGAUAAUCAGAACUUCAUCUGUGGAGAUAAUGAUAAUGUUACUGUGAUAUAUGAAAUAAAAAAUCAGGUUAUUGAUUCGUCAAAUAACACCGGUGAGUGUGGAGUAGUGAAGAUAGAUCAUAACCAGACAACAUUUAGUAGUAUGGAAUGUUCGUCGAAGGCAGCAUUAUUAUGCUUUGACAAUGACACAAGUGCAUUGCAUGUAAUUCCUAGUAAGACAGACAAGUGGGAACAAGCUGUUCUGUUUUGUCUAAAACAUGACUGGUUGAUUAGUUCUGUACAGAAUAUAAUGAAUGGAAGCUUACCAAACAAAACAGAGGGAACAUAUUGGGUUUCUGCAGUUCGUGGUACCUCAUACACAUCUCUACAAGAUGAUAGCUUUGAAUGUGACAUAGUUAAGAUAAAUGUUACCAAGCCAACAUUUGGAAGAAUGUCAUGUUUGAACAACGCAACAAUAUUAUGUUAUAAAAACGGAACUUUAACAGCAUAUCCUUCGCAGGUCAAAAAUUGGAGUGAUUCUGUACAAUUUUGUCAAGAACAAGACAAGUUGAUGAGUUCUGCAGAUAGUGUAAUUAAUAGAAGCUUACUCAACGUAGCAGAUGGUACAUACUGGGUGUCUGAGAUUCGUCGUUUAUCUGUACAAGAUUCUGACACUGACUUCUGUGUUGCGUCCCUUGUUGAAAAUGGCAAGAAAAUGAUACCUAUAGUAAAAUCCUGUGAUGUUAAACUGCCUGUCGCAUGUCAAAGUGGUAGCUUUGAGCCAUGGAACGGGACAUCACGUGAGUGUGUAACGUCAGGAAAUGAAAUAACUUCAGCAAACACCUACAUCACAACAAAUAUGGCAAACGUUGCAGUCCAGUCCCAAUUGCUAACUGAAAGAAAUCUGAUAAUUAUAAUUGUCAGUGGAAGUAUUGGCUUGGUUUUUUUAGUUACAGUAGUUAUGUGA